CAAAGCCCCCUCUCUAUUAAACUAUCACUCUACCUCUAUCUCUCCCUAUAACAGAAAAUAUAGGGUGUACAUAUUACCUUGCAUAAAGGCUAAAGAGUCUCCUUAAUUUAAAACCAUGGCAAGAGCAACGACAGCGAAAAAAGAAAGACCUGUGGGAGUGAAUCCCAAAAAUGUUCAGGCCUUUGAUCGUCUUGCUUUUUUACAUCAAGCAUCGAUACUCAUGUCGACCGUUCGCUACGAGCAGAAAGAGAAAGAACAGACAAAGCAUAAAGCAGUUUUGAAAUGGAAAGGUGAUCCAGCAGGGACAGUGCUUGGACCUGCUCGUUAUUUUAAUAAUAAUAUGAAGCAAAUUACCUCACGUCUUGUCAUGCGAUUAGAUCCUAGUGUCAAAAGGUUUGUGUGUAAGCGAUGCGAGACACCGCUUUUGCCUGCUAUUACCUCCUCCACGCGCGUUAAAUCUAAACCUGUGGUAACAGCCGUGACAACAUGUAAUAUUUGUAAAGCAAAGAAAACAUAUGCUAGCCAUAAUAAAGACUACUCAUUGUUUAGUAAUAGACCAGAUGUUGUAGUAGAGCAAAAUAAAUAAAUAAUAAUAAAAAAAGAAUGACCAUCAAAAAAAUGCUUUUGCUGUGUCGCCUUUUAAAU